UAAAUCAGAAUUCACAAAGAAAGGUUGGAGAGAAGAAAUACAACAGAGUAGACAGAAGAGAAACAGAGAAAGAGCAAGAAGAGAAGAGAAGAGAGGAGAAGCCCUCCUCAAAUUCAAUCAACAAUACAAAACAGAGAAAUUGAAGCAAUCAUUUAGGCAAAAAAAAACCCAACUUUUUCUUCUGGGAUGAUAGUAUUUCACUAGAUGGAGAAAGAAGAGAGGAGCCAGAGAACAUGCAAAACAAUAGAGCCAGAGCUGUUUUUACAGUGGGGUAAUAGAAAGAGGCUAAGAUGUGUGAGAGUUAAAGGCCCUCAAAAAAUCUCUCAUAAAUCGAAUGCUAUAGUUCGCAGGAGAAUCACUUCUCGGCUUUUAGAUAAAGAAUCCUCUCCUUUUUCUCAAUCCAAUCAUCGUCCCACUAGGAAUUCUGAGGCAGCUGUACUCCGGUCAGGUACGACGGAGCACCGGAAGGCCUUGUCACCGGAGAAGGAGGAUAGGUACUACACAACAAGGGGAUCAGCAGUGGGAUUGGUGGAUGAGAAUGGGAAGGUUGCACUCGACAGCAAUAACGGAGACGAUAACAAAGGGCUAGUGUGGCCAAAGCUGUAUAUCACUUUGUCAAGCAAAGAAAAAGAGGAGGAUUUUAUGGCAAUGAAAGGGUGUAAACCCCCUCAAAGGCCUAAAAAGAGAGCCAAGAUUAUCCAAAGGAGCUUACUCCUGGUGAGCCCUGGGGCAUGGUUGACUGAUAUGUGCCAAGAGAGGUAUGAAGUUAGGGAAAAGAAGAGUUCGAAGAAGAGACCAAGGGGAUUGAAGGCCAUGGGGAGUAUGGAAAGUGAUUCAGAUUGAGAUUGUAUGCUAUACAUCUAUUGCAGCAGCAGAGGCAUUUUCUCUUCUGAAUUUUUGGGAAUAUUUUUGCUGUUAAUGUUAAUGGGGUUCUUAGAGUUUUCAAUUAGAGAAAAACAUAGAAAAGUUAAAAGUGUCUCUGCCUGGUUUGUUGUAUAGAAGUUAAAAUUUCAUUUUUAUAAAUGAGAAUAAUAAUUUUUCUUCUCACUCA